AUGUCUGCCACUAUCCCCACCACACAAACGGCUGUCAUCGCCGGCCCUUCGGGCGAGUUUCUCGUUUCCAACGAGACCGCCGUCCCGGAGCUUAAGCCGGACUCCAUCCUCGUCAAGGUCAAGGCCGUGGCUCUGAACCCUGUCGACACCAAGCUCGUCGGUGACUUCAUCACACCUGGCUGCAUCUUCGGCUUCGACUUGGCAGGCACCGUCGUCGCCAUUGGCGCUGAUGUAAAGAAGGAUCUGAAGGUGGGCGACCGAGUUUGCGGUUGUGCCAGCGGCAUGAACAAGGAGAAGCCCUUAGCCGGAGCUUUCGCCGAGUACGUAACACUACCCGGUGACCUAACUCUCAAGGUCCCGGAGACAAUGUCCUUCGAGGACGCCGCCUCGAUGGGCACCGCCAUCGCCUCAGCCAGCAUGGUGUUAUUCUGGUCUCUCGGGAUGCCUCUAAGCAUACUAGACAACACAUCCACCUCGCCUCUGCCCACGGUCCUCGUCUACGGCGGCAGCACAUCCACAGGAACCAUGAUGCUGCAACUCCUCAAGAUCUGCGGCUUCCCCACCAUCACGACGUGCUCGCCGCACAACUUCAAGCUGGUGAAGUCGUACGGCGCCGACACGGUGUACGACUACAAGUCGGCGAACUGCGCGCAGCAGAUCCGCACCGACACCAAGAACGUCCUUGAGUACGCCAUCGACUGCUUCGCCGAGGACUCCUCCAUGAAGUUCUGCUACGCUGCGCUCGGUCGCGCCGGUGGUCACUACACUGCUCUGAACCCCUUCAACGACACCCUGGCUACCCGCAAGGUCAUCACCCCUGACUGGAUCCUAGCCACCCGCAUUGCCGGAGACGGUUCGCACUGGCCUGCUCCCUACGGCUGCGAGCCUGAACCGAGACUUAAGGAUCUUGCUGGUCCUCUGUUCGGUCGCAUUCAGGACUUGUUGGAUGGUGGCAAGAUUAGGCCUCACUCGGUUCGUGUUGAGGAGGGUGGUCUACCUGGUCUAUUGAACGGUGUUGGUAUGAUUAGGAGGGGCGAGAUCAGCGGAACUAAGUUGGUUUACUCGGUUGCAUGA